AUGAACGAAAAUCGAUUAACUAUACUAACACUGACUGGAGUUAUGUGUGGAGUAAUUAUUGGAGUAAUACUAAAAAAUUAUAGUAACCGACAAUGGUCCGAGCGUGAUAUUAUGUACUUUCAAUUUCCUGGUGAAAUAUUUUUACGAAUAAUAAAUUGCUUAGUUUUACCAUUAAUUAUAUCGAGUGUAGUAAGUGCUAGCUGCUAUCUAAGUAAAUCAGGUAGUAUUGGCUUAAAGGCUUUUUAUUAUUAUUGUACCACGACAUCCCUUGGAAUUAUAUUAGCUGUCACACUCGUUCAAACAAUAAAACCCGGUGAGUUCUAUGUCAAUAGAAAUACAACAGUAUCUAAUCAUAUCAAAAAAUCUGUAACUGCUGAUGCAUUUUUAGACUUACUAAGAAAUUUGUUCACUGAUAAUUUAAUAAAAGCAUCUCUUAGUCAGACGCAAAUAACGAGCCCACUCAAUUCAACAAAUGAUGAAAAUAUAAACUCUUGGGAAAUACACCAUCGAGAUAACGACGGGACUAAUGUGCUUGGCAUAGUAGGAUUUUGUCUAGUUUUGGGAAUCGCUAUCGGACACUUAGAAGAAAAAGGGAAGCCUCUGAAUGAUUUUUUUAAAUCAUUAUCUGAUACAGUCAUGCUCAUGAUGGACUGGGUGAUAAUGAUUGUUCCGGCAGCCGUUCUAUUUUUGAUACCUGGAAAAAUAUUAGAAGCUGAAAACAUAACAUUGAUGAUAUCCAACUUGGGUCUUUACGUACUGGUAGUGUUUGCUGGAUUAUUUAUACACAGUUUAAUUGUAUUACCUCUUCUGUACUUCAUAUGUACAAGAAAAUCACCGUAUUCUUUACUGCUAAAAACAGGUCCUGCGAUCAUUACAGCUCUUGGAACAUCUUCCAGCACAGCUACCGUUCCAAUGACGAUAAAAUGCCUCAAUAGAAUCGGUGUUAAUCCAAAAGUGUCUCAGUUCAUUGCACCAAUCGGCGCGACGAUUAAUAUGGAUGGUAUUGCAUUAUAUGAAACAAUUGGAGCAUUAUUCAUCAUUCAGCAACGCGGGCUUGAUUUUUCUUUAAUGCAAAUUAUAUCAAUAGCAAUAACUUGCACGGUGUCUUGUAUCGGAGCCGCCGGAUUGCCAAGCGGUGGAUACGUAAUGUUAAUUGUUGUACUCGAAUCAAUUGGAAUUCCUGCUGAAGAUAUCGAUACAAACAUCCCCGACAACAAGACGCCUGCCGCUAAAUAA